UGAUAAACUUAUUAAAUAGUUGUAGUUUGUUAUAAGAUAUGAUCACAAUUUUGCUACCAGUUUUUGGCUAAAGAAUUGGAUGGUAUGGCUCAUGGCGGAGACGAAGUGGCUUGGGAGUGGGAAGAUGACAUUGGCUGGGUCGAAUACGGCAGGAAUGUUUCUGCUUUUAUCGAAAAUUGUUAUUCCAAUCAAGCACUUGGAGAUGUAUGGCUCGGAGCUUCAGAUAAAGAUCUCACUGACUACAAGAUCAGCUUUUCCUCAAUGGUUCAAACUCGACUACUAACCGGAAAACAGAGAAAGAUAAGACGAGUUGUGCGUCCGAAAACUGCCGAUGUUAACUUCACAUGGCAAUGGUAUGAGCACGGGUCCUGGAUUGAUUACGAUCCAGUUCAAAACUCAAUUCUUAAUAGGGACUUCGACUCCGGAAACGAUAUUUGCCAAUUAACAAUGAGGAAUCAAACUUAUACAGUUGACUUCAGACGCAUGGUGCAAAUGAAUAACUACACAAGCUUUUCUCGCCAGAUUCGAAAGGUACAGUCCUCGAGCGUCGCUGGAACGUCGUCGGGAUCCGGAGUCUCAAGUACGUCCUCGCAUGCCAACAGAGCCUCACGUGCAACCCGCGGGCCUGGGCGUAAUGCUAUUGGUUUGUCCGGAUUAGGAUUCACUUCACAUUCUAAAGACCCGUUGGCAAACCAAACGAAUAGUAUGAUUGCCCCUAAUGGUGCAAAUCUUGUGAGUGCCAGGCCAAUGUCAGCUGCGAGCUCCAGAGCGGGGAUGCCAAGUCAAUCUAAACCUCAAUUGAAAUAUUUUAAGAGAAUCAACCAAUCAUAUGAUGCACCCAACGCUUUCACAUCGACACCCACAAAUACAACAUCAGCCGCAAGUAAUGGUCGAAUUUUAACACAAAGUUCAUCUAGUUCUCAGAGUGCGACGAGCCGAGAUCCGCUUCACAAAAGCACUCUAGGAGCGGCUGAUCAAUCAACGGCUUACGGAGGAUUAAGGAGCAGCGGAUAUCAAAAUCAGUCACUUUCAGUUAACAAUGCAUCUCAACUUCAGUCUACGAUUAUCAAUUGUGGCAGGCCGCAUUCAGCCUGUCGCAGAAGUUCAUUGUGUGAUCAGUCUUGUUUAUCCAGCGGAAAAAAUGCAGCAACUCAGCCGGCGACCAAUGAUACAGGCUACAGUACAGACUCAGAAUCUAUCGAAAUUGGGCAGCCUGACUCUGAAAAUUCCAAUGAGGAAACGGAAAAUGCCAAAAUAUCUUCGAAGAGUGCUACUACAUUGGCUGAAUUAGGAGUGGCCAGUGAUCUUCCGCAGAUAAUGUUGGAGAAUCUUCUUCUGUACGUGCCACCAGAAUCAUCCGAUGACAAAGAUAAGGACAACUGUCCGAUUUGUCUUCUCGAUAUGGACACUGUCUACGAUGAUAUGGAUGAAAGGGACAAAGGGGCCGGAAAAAUCCCUAGCGAUUUGGCUCUGACUUUUCCCUGCAAACACCCUCUGCAUUACGACUGUGCCCAGGAGGUGUUCAAAAACAACGAGAGUAAUUUUCUGUCAUGUCCCAUAUGCAAGAGAGUGUUUGGAGGUGUGUUAACGGGAGGUCAACCUGAAAAUGGAACUAUGACAUGUCAAAUGAUCCCCGAUCCGUGCGCAGGAUACGAAGACUGUUCAACCUAUCAGAUCGUGUACAAUUUUCCACCGGGAUUGCAGGGUCCGAAGAAUCCUCACCCUGGCAAACCGUACAAUCGCUUUGGCUUUCCAAGAGUUGCAUAUCUUCCAAACAACCAACAAGGCACCCUGCUGGUCAAGAUGCUUAAAGUUGCUUUCGACCGUCGUCUCAUCUUCACAGUUGACAGAUCUCACGUUACAGGAAUGGAAGACUGUAUAGUGUGGGGUUCUGUGCAUCACAAGACGUCUCUCUCUGGAGGAGAACAUGGCUUCCCCGAUCCAGCUCACCUGAUCACAAUGAAGGAGGAUCUGGCAGCCCUGAAGGUGACAGAAAAUGACGUGCAUGAUGCGGUUGGAAUCUCUUCCUUCUAAUCUACUCCUGCAUUGCAAGGAUGAAUUUGGGCUCUUUUUAACUAUCCCCAUAUAGUACCUAGUUACGAAUUGCCA